CUGGCAGUUGGCUACCAAUUGAAGGAGCAUCUUGGUUGCAUCCUACCCCCACAGGACGGGGCUUGAAAGGGAAGGAAGGGGCUGAUGGUUUGUAUCUUAACAGACCUCAAGGGCCUUUUCUGCAUAGAAAAUGGGAGGUGUGAAGGUGAAGUCCCCUGAAUAGGAAGGGCAUUUGCCACUAAGCCACAUUGUGUUUCCACUUGCUCAAUUUCCAGGCCACCACCUUCAUAUUCAGUGAGAGAGUCCUAUCCAUUAAGUGUGGGCUUUAGAGGCAUUGCUAGAGGGUGCCUCCAAAAAAUUUUUCCCCUUUUCCUUUUUUAUUAAACCCUUUGUUUACAGGGCAGCUGGGAAUGCUGUAAAGUAUAGAGUUGGUAAGACCCCAGGCACUUGCCCUCUUUUUAAUUUGUUCAGAGGCAGUACUUUGUAGUAGCAUAUGCGAAUUUGUGUCAUUGGGCUGUAGCUACCUGGCUGAGCAUACGAGGUUGUGGGUUCAAUCCCUCGCAAAUCCAGGUAGGACUCGCAGAAGUUACGCCCUGCCUGAAACCCUGCAAGCCAUUCUGCCAGUCAGUGUAAACUACUGAACUAAAUAGACCUGACUCACAAGAGCAGCUUCCUAAGCCACCUAGCAAACGCCCUUCUUCGUACAUCAGACUCCCAUUUAAUGUUGGGCACAGUGGAAUCAGCUGACAAAAUCCAGCACGUUAGAAUUACUUUAUCUGUGUAGGUAUGUGGAAUGGAAGGGAGCGUUGUCUACCUUUCCCAGUUAAAGCAGUGCACUCACUGGUGCCCUGCCCUUUCUCCCGCUUACCAUGCAGUCCUGGCUCAGGAUUAGUUGCAGGCUACAUGGUUUCCAGAAGUGCACCAGGGCCUACAUCAAGUUUGCGAUUUCCCCUGAGAGUGCCUCCUCCCAUCAGUCAGUCCUUCUUACCCUGUUUCUGCAUUUAUAGUCGUGGACACAUGCACACACAAAGCAAGCAGAAAAUUGGCAGUACUCUGCUCAUAUCACAUUUGCAAGCAAGGGGGGUGGGAGUAAAGAGGUAUGUGGACUUACAUCUUAAUUCACAGCACUAGUCAUAAAAAAGAGAGAAACUUGUGGGUACUGCCUGCUUUAAGAACAAAAAUUGCCCUCAGGGAAGGCAGAAGUCUGUAACUUCUUUCUGUAACUGCUUUCUCCCAAUACAAUAGUCUGCACCUGCUGGUUAAAGGAAGGGCAAAUCUUGUGUUUUCCCAAAGAGCUCUGCGUUGCCUGCAAAAUUUCAGUGAUGGGUAUUUUUUGAGUCGUGAAGCUGAGAAGGUUUGGGCCUGGUCAUAGGUGACCACCCUUAUGCCACCUUGUGUUCCGUGAUGGGAUACAAAUUAAGAAAAUAAUAUUAAGGAACAAAAGCAACCACAAAUUGCUUCAGAGACAGGUCCAGAAGCCGCACUUAUUGCAAAUAUGAACCUAUGCUAACUUACUUUUUUAUGGGGACACCAGAAAUGAAGACUUAUGAUCUUUCUCCCCAAUAUAUUUAAAGUUUUUUUAUCCCAUCCUUUGAUAAUUAAAAAAGAAUCUAAGACAGUGUAUGUUCUAAAAUGUCAAUCUAAAAUACAUGAUAGGUAAACGACAAAUUGUGUCCUCAACCAGCCGUAGAUGGGAACAGUUUAGAGUGGCUGGCUCUCUCACGGUUGUGGCUGGCAUCCAUCCAUCUCAAAAGACAAUGGAGUGCACUUGCAGGGGUGAAUUUCUCAAAGCCAUUUCAAAAGCCAUGAAGUGCCUGAAGAAACAAGCUAAUCUUUACCUGGUGUUUAAAAAUUAAAAUUUUCAGCAAGCAGAAAAGCGGGGAUUUACAUCAUUGAAAUGUCUCUAGUCAGAAAGCCCCCAUUGCUGGUAAGAUGAAAGUCCUCAGCCUUGGGCCUCCUUAAAUGAUCUCAGUCACUGGAGAGAUUCAUGUGAGAAUAAAUGGCAAACAAUGGGCUCAUCUGUUUUUUUAUUUAGUUCAUUACAUUUAUAUCUUACUUUCUUCUCCAAGGAACUCAAGGUAGUGUACAUGGUUUCCCCUGACCCCAUUUAAUCCCCACAACCACCUUGUAAGACAAGUUAGGCUGAGAGGCAGCGGUUGGCCCAAAGUUACCCAGUGACCUUCAUGGCUGAGGGAAGAUUUGAACCCAGGUCCUAAUCCAACCCUCUAACCACUAACACUGUGCUGAUCUUCCCCUAAUAUUAACAAUGCAUGUUGUGGAUACAUGUCUCAAGUUCAAAAUCAUGUGUUCCAGCAAUUCAGUGAAGGAUAAAAGAUACUCUAGCUCAGAAUCAUCAUCAUCUUCAGGCCCGGUAGAGAGAAACUACAGUAGCUCCGGUUCGUGCUCUGGAUAGAAAAGUCAAGCCUCAUGGCCCAACAACUGCUUCUGAAAUGGAUUCUUUCAGCCGCUGUUUGCUCCUACUUCUUUUUAUCGCCAAUUACACAUUCCUUUCUCUGCCCAGUGUCCAUCUUUCUCUCUCUUUCUUAGAUCCAAAAUGGAAGAGAGCUGUCGCACCCCCAGGAACAGCCCUCCUCAGGACGAUAAAGCUGCCCCAACUGGCUUUGCACCCAGAAUAUCGGAAGCCAUGGCUGAGUACUUGGUGAACACUGUGGCCGGCACUGCCAAAAUGGUCCAGGCUUCUGUGGAAGCGCAAAAGUCUGCUCAGGUACCUGAGCCCAGGCUCUAGGAAUGACCAGUAUUAGAGAGACUGAAUGAGAGAAAUAAUUCUCUUGCUCAAAACUCCCAAUAUCAUUUCUCAGCCUUUGCACACAGAGAGUACACUGGGAGUUAGGCUGAAGCAGGCUUCCUCAGACUUAUCCCUCCAGAUGUCUUGAGACUACAAUUCCCAUCAUCCCUGACCACUGGUUCUGCUAGCUAGGGAUCAUGGGAGUUGUAGGCCAAAAACAUCUGGAGGGCCACGUUUGAGGAAGCCUGGCUGAAGGAUAGUUUCUAGCCCAGGACACCCAACCUUGGGCUGAGGGGUGAUUUGAACCCUGAUCCCCCCCCCCCACAUAUUCUAACACUGGCUCCAUCCAAUGCCCUGAUCACUUAACAAACUUCAGGGUUCAUUGGGGAAAGUAAUGCGCUUUAAAUGUAAGGUGUGUGUACACAGCCACUGUGACAGGUGUGUAACAACCAGCCUUUAGCACUUUUGCUGCCAGUGUCAAAGGAGGGGGGCUUUUACACUGUGUCACCCAUUUUGUGGAAGGAGAUCAGGCAAGCACCCAACAAUAGGGUGCUUUCACAGACUGUUAAAGACGUUUCCUUUUUCUUUCUUUUUUUAUAAAAUUUUUAUUCAUUUUCAACAACAAUUUUAUACAAUCCAUUCACAUUUUAUCACACAUUCAUCUAUUUUUUGACUUCCCUCAGUUUCUCUGCCAAUCUUUCGUUUUAAAUUUAUAUUAUUUAACGCAUUUCUAAGCUUAAUAUUGCCUUUAAAAAUCACCUCUCCCUUCUUACUCUUUUUUACAAUAUUUCUUAAUUUUUCACAGAGUCUCUUGAAAACCAACAAGCAUUAUCUGUUCAUCACAUAUGCUUUUCAGAUAGUCUUGAAAUCUCCCCCAGUCCUCGAUGAACUUUUGGUCUCGCUGGUAUCAAAUCUUCCCUGUUAGUUUAUCCAAUUCUGCAUAUUCAGUCAAUUUCGUUCUCCAUUCUUCCACCGUUGGAAUUUCUUCCUGUUUCCAUCUUUGGGCCAGAAGUAUUCUCGCUGCUGUUACUGCAUAUUGGAAAAGUUUAGUCUUUCUUAUUUAUUUCAUUACCUACCAAUCCUAGUAGGAAGGCCUCCGGUUUCUUAACAAACAUAUAUUUCAACAUCUUUUUCAAUUCAUUAUAUAUCAUUUCCCAGAAGCCUUUCACCUUUUUACACUCCCACCACAUAUGAUAGAAUGUUCCUUCUUUUUCUUUACAUUUCCAACACUUAUUACAUGUUUUAUACAUUUUAGCCAGUUUUACUGGCGUUAUAUACCAUCUGUAUACCAUUUUCAUUAUAUUUUCCUUUAAUGUAGUACAGGCCGUAAAUUUUAAGACGUUUCCUUUUUCUUGGGCAUUUCCUGACUGUUUUUGUUGUUGUUCAGGCUGUUGGAGUUGCUGCACUUAUAUGAGUAUAUUGACGUUUCAGUGGUUAUUUUAAUGGUUUUUGCGUAUUGUGGACUUCUUUGAGAUUUGUAAGCUUAUAAAUGAAAAGAUAUUGAAGAUUUGUAAAUAAAUCAGUAUGUAAGAUUUAAAAAUAAAUGAAUAAAAUUGUUGUCAUUUAUAAAAGACCCAUGGCACGGUUAAGAGUGACAAAAAUGAGCUCUUUUUAUAGCAGUUUUAUGUAGGAAUCUCUUGUAUCUGGGGCCUUGUGUGGGACUCAAAGCCUGCAUAGCCGUGACUUGUCCCCUUCUGCCUUCUCUCCAGCUCGCUUGUUUCCAUGCAGAGCAGUCCCUGGCCCAGGCCCGGCUGAGCUACAUGGCAGCCCGGGGGUUGGCUGAGCGACUUUUGGGGUUCCUGAACCCCCCUGACUACCAAGGGCUCUUCCAGCUCCUGACAGAGCCCCCGCUACCCUAUUCUGAAUUCUGCACCAUCAUCCGACGUACAGAAAAUGGUCAGUAUCAAUAUCCCUGGUGCUGGGAAUUUGUUUUCUGCCUGGACACCCGUCGUCUCUGUCGCUGUCCAUCUGGAUCCUGCCUACUCCCUCAGUAACCCCGCCCAUUCUUAUGGGGGUCACACCCACUGACCCCCAUAUCUUCACCUACUUCAGGUUCUGCGUGAAGCUAAGAAUUCAGUGGGUGUGGCCUCCAUAAGAAUGGGUGGGGCUACUGAGAGAGAGUAGGCAGGGUUCAGAUGACGUGUGGCACGGUGAAUGGAGCAACAGAGCCUUUUUGUGGGUGGCCCCUCAACUGUGGCAUAUACAGUGGUACCUCGGUUUAAGAACAGUCCUGUUUUUGAACGAUUCGGUUUACGAACUCUUGAAAACCGGAAGUAGUGUCCCGGUUUGAGAAUUUUACCUCAGUCUGAGAAUGGAAUCCGAAUGGUGGAAGGGCACUGGCGGCGGGAGGCCUCAUUAGGGAAAGUGCACCUCAGUUUAAGAACGGAUUUCCGGAACGGAUUAAGUUCGUAAGCCAAGGUACCACUGUACUCCCCCGAGGAGGCCUGCCUGGAGCUCUUGCUGCUAGAAUUAUUAUUGCUCACCGUAUUUCUGCACUUCACCAUGCUAUUCCAAGGCAGGUUACAAGAGCUUUAGAAGUACAAUAUUAAAAUGUUAAAAUUAAUUACGGUCAAGCGAAUAUGGUGGGCCCUACCAUUUAGGGCCUAGCAGAAGUCUUAUUUCUGUUUUCCCAGGUUUCUUUUUAAAGAGCUGCUAAUGUUACCAUUUUUAAUGUAGUGCAGUUCAGUUUUUACUCUCUCCUUCAAUGGACUGCUGCUGUUUUAGUUUGCUUUAAUAACUUGUGGGCAAUAAUAAUAAUAAUAAAUUGCUAUCUUUAUUUAUUUUCUUACUUUUGCUUCUUACUGCCUUGCCAGCAGCUCUGCACAUGUAAAUUUGUGUUGAAGGUGCAGGAUAUAUAAAUCAUUAAAGAAAGCCACCCCACUGCUUCCUCCUGCCUUGCAGUACUCCUGCACCCUGUUCUGAAGUGCAAGCCAGGAUUCCCAGCCAGACGAGAACCCAGCCCCGGCUCUGAAUUCACCUGUCCGUGAGUGACCUUGUGGGAGGCCCUUGUGGGGCAAACCCAUCAUAUUAACGUGGGGGAGAGCGUGGUGCUGAUAACGCCAAGGUUGCAGGUUCAUUCCCUGCAUGGGAUGGCUGAAUAUUCCCACAUUGCAGCGGGUUGGACUAGAUGAUGAUCCUCAGGGUCUUUUCCAACUCUACAAUUCCACACUUUAUAUAUAUAUAUGCUUUUAUUUCCAUGCUCCUCUUUCCAGACCAGAUCUUAGUGAUGAUGGGCUUCAAGGAGGGGGUCAUGACUUCCGGUGCUUCAUAUCCUCUUGUGCCUGUGAAAGAGUGAGUGAUAUGCGUCCCCUGUGGUCUUCAACCUAAAAGUUUUGAUGAGCAGGGGCUGGUUGUAAUCUGCCCUCUGACGAGAGGAAGGCAUUCGGCACAUGCUGAGAUGCAUUACAGCUUUGAAGCCAAGGGUCUAGGCUUGCAGCCAUGGGCAUAGCCGAGGGGCGGCAGGGAGGGGCAGCUGCCCCCCCAUAAUCAAUAAAAAUCAAUAAAAAUACACAGCAAACUGAGGUUCUGCCCCCCACCUAACAGGAGGUCUGACCCUCCCUAACAAAAACCCUAGCUAUGCCCAUGCUUGCAGCCACGUCAGAAUAUUUUUUAAAUGUAGUGCUCGGAGGUGGUUAUAUAUUAUGACCACAGCAGAUGGGGAGGUGCAAUUUAACCAUUUGCUCCUCAACUGUGUUCUUGACAGAAAUUAGCGAUAAAAAAAGAGGAUGGUUGAUGUCUCUGUGAGGGGAGAGGGCAGUCCAGGUGCCACAGGAGCAAGCUCUGGGUUCUCUUUUUUCCCUGUCGGCCUUCCUAAAAACCCUCCCCACAGAGCAGUUGUUGGUACUCUCAAAUUUAAACAGAGAUUUCCAGAUCCAGAGACCACCAGAUCCAGAGACCAGAAAAGUGCCAGGGGCCAGGUGGCAGCAGAGCAUAUGCGUCUCUCACCUGUGUUAAGUAAUAACUCUGUAUAAACAGGCAUUUGGCUGAGCAAACAAUCUAUGGCCUUUUUAAUGCUUUUGCGGGAUAGGGUGACUGGCUUUCCCCCCUUUUGUUGUGAUAUGUAUUUUGUGCUGUAAACUGCCCUGUGAUCUUUGGAUGGAAGGUGGUAUAUAGAUUUAAUUAUCACUGUUAAUAAUAAAGGGCAACGUCAGCUGUGGGCUCUGAGCCCGGCACAGCUGGCCUCAGGCCUGACAGCUGAGUGAGGUGGGUGGGGCUUAAUCUGAAGUAGGAGGGGCUAAGGGGAAUCAGGAAGUAACAGGAAGCAAAAAAAUUAAUAUAUUUAGGAGACCACUGUAAGCAGAUGAAAACAUUAGCAGGGUUUUAAUAACACUUGUAAUGUAACAAACACUAUGGACAACAUGAAGAGGUAUAAAAUAUGGAUUGUGAAAUAAUACAAAGUUGAAAAUGUUGACAGUAGGACCCAGGGAGGGGAUGGUGGGAAGUCUGGAGAUUCCAAGAAAUCUCUAAAUAUGAAUACGUACUUGGUACUGUUGUAUCUUUACACUUGUAAAACCAAAUAUUAUUUUUUUAAAUGGAAAUAGCAGGAAGCACUAUGGAGAUCCUAUGAAAUAGUGAGGAGGGGCCCAAUAAGAGGGGGGGAGAGGGGUUGCUUCUGGGUCCCCCCCUUCCAUCCUUCCCUUUUCUCCCACAGCAGGAUGUGGACUGCACAGAGGAAGAGGAGGGUCUGUCUCUGCAGAUUCGAGGGCGAAACCCCUCACGCCAUAAGCAAGUACGUGCCCUCAAACCGCUGUUUCGUAUCAUUAUAGAAAUCGGGGUUGGCUUUUGCAGCCCGGCUCCCCACCAAGCGACUUUGGAUCCCUUGAGGUCCGCUAUUGGUCAGAGAAAUAAAUGGAGACAUUAAUCACAUACAAGAAAGCAAGGCUGGAUGCUGAGCCUGAUCUUUAUGGAUCAGUUGCAACAGGAUCUCCCCCUCCCACAACAGAGAGAAGAAGAAGGGCCCCAAACAAAGUGGGAGCUACUUUUGAAACUUGUGUCCAGCCACCUUGGCAAGAAAGACACAAAACGUCGUAGAAGGAGGGGCUGCCCAGUGAAAGUGGGGCAUGUGUAAUUUGCAUGGUUUCUAAUUUAUCAGUCAUGACACUUUGUGAAUUGCUUGUCUCCAUUCUGUCAUUCAUAUUCCUGACACAUUUAACCAUCCCUUUAGAUUUGUAACUACGCUUUCUCCUUUCUCCUCUGGGACACAUUAUUCUUGCCCUUGCUCAAACCUCCCCACUUUGAUACUCAAAAGACCUCCAUUUGACAGGUCUCAGCUUCUAUUGACAAGCCACCCAAACUGCAGAUUUAUGCCAUGCUGCAGCCCAUUGAGGAGUUUCCUGGCUACAGAGUUUCCUGGCAAGUUUCCUGGCUACAGAGGUGGCUGCCAGCAGGGGCCGAUAUGGACCAAGCAUGGCUCGUCUGCCCCCCUUUCAUUUCUAAACUAGAAGGUGCUGGAGUUCUGGCCUGGGAACCUAUUUUUCCUAAGGAAUAUGGCAUUUGGGAAGCUGCCUGUGGUCGCUGACUUGUGAGCGAAAGAUUCUGCAUGUGCUCAGUGACACUGCCCUUCUGUGGCUCCCACUAAAGAACCAGAGGGGUCUUGUGUGGUACUUUAAAGCCUGAAUUUUGUGGCAUAAGCUUUUGUGAACUAGCAGCCACUAUACCAAAUGCAGGAAAUGUAUCCUCAGUAGGCAGAUAGAAAUAUACUGUGACAAUGUGACAGGCCCUACCUCUUCCAUUUACUAGCUUUUGGGUCCCACCCCUAAAUACGGGGCGGGGGUUGUCUUCCCCUCUGUACUUGUGUGUGCCUAAUCUGCCAGCUGAGGACAGCUCCUCUUGUGCUAGUCUGUGAAAACUGAUGUGGUAAUGAAUCCGUCUGUCUUCAAAGUGCCACAAGGCCAUCGGUUGUUUUUGCUGCAAACCCUAACACAGGUCAUCUCUCGUAUUUGUUAAUGCUAGUAGUAGUGUGUGUGUUGGAAGUGUGGGCUUUGACUCCCAAGACUGAAAAAUGGCUUUGAAGAUGCUUUCUUCCCUUACCAGGUGGAGACUGUGCUUCUGGAAGAUCAGAUGGGGUAUGUGACCCAGCGCCGGCCCCGACGGUCCCCCUCGGCUGGCGUGGAGGGGCUUUCUCCCCUAGUAUCUGAGCAGGACCUCAACACCAUUCAGGUAUUGACUCUCUGGGCAUAAGGCACCAGGGAAAAUUGGAGAGGACAGGUGGUAGAGGCAAGAGGAGCAGGAUUUGUUUGUUUGAUGUAUAUUUAUUACAUUUAUGUACAAUCUUCCCCCCCCCCCCGCCCAAGCAGCUCAAGGUGGUGUACUUGGUUCUUCCCUCCCAUUUCCUCCCCCUCACAGCAACCCUGUGAGGUAGGCUAGACUGAGAGGCAGUGACCGGCCCAAGAUCACCCAGUGAGCUUCAUUGGCUGAGUCGGGAUUUGAACCUUGGUCUCCCAGGUCCUAGUCCAACAAUUUAAAUUCUGUUAUACUACAAGGACUUACAAAUCUACUGGUACUGCUUUUCCUGGCAUAGGAAUGCACUGAUGGGAACAUUAUCAUCAGCUGAUCUCUGCUUUUCUAAGCAGACAAAGAGAGACUGGACAGGAGACCAUGUGGAAGGGAGGGAGGGAGGACAGCCUGCCAGGCCCCAUCCACAACUUGUGAGUCACAACUCCAGACAAGAAGUAGGGUGCCCCUAGGGUUACAUUGAUUAUACCACAAAGCAAACAGACUUAUAACUGGAGUCCUUAAAGCUGUGAAUAAUUGCUUGACAGUUUGCGAGGCAACACAUAGUGACACCCGUGGAUCUUUUCUGCAAGCUGCGGAAUGUUGCAUUUGUAGAUGCAAAUCUAGGGUUUUCCCAUUUUAUUCCCAGAACAACCCUGCAAAAUAGGCUAUGCCGACAGCAACUGUUACUGGCCUCCAGGUCAUCCUGCAAGCAUCAUGCUUUGUUGUGGAUGUGAAUCCAGCUCUCCCUAGUCCAACACACUUGUUGCCAUACUUCAUAGUUAUGCAAAAGCAAGAGUUUCAGCAGAUGUGGGUCUUUGCAUUCCAGCAAGCCACAAUCUCUUCUUCUAUGGAGCCUCCCUCUCUUUUUCCUGUCCUCAACCCAACCUGUGCAGAAUGCACCCAGGUAUCAGCUGUGACUCCUGCCCACAUCCAGGCUGAGGUAGGAGGGAGAAAGAAGAGGAUUUCCCUCAUGCGUGGGACUAUAAAACACUCCAUUUUUCUUAUUUUCAGAAAUUCUGAAACGUUUAGCAUCACCACACUCCAGUCACGGGUUUUAUACUAGCAUGGCUGGGGGUGGACUGCCAACUUUGGGGGAAAUUGUGUUGCCAGGGAUAACUUUAAUUUUGGAUGUGUUUCAGUGAAUAUAUGAAACAUGUAAAAGAGCAAGGUCUGUUUCCGUCUGGGAGGGUGGCAAUCCUAACCCCACACUUCCAGCAGGACCAAGUCCAGAGCUGGGGAACUUUUGACCAUAAAUCAUCACGUUCCUUGGUAUAAUCAUAGCCACAUUCUAUGCCAAGUAGGAAACAGACUUUUUCAGUGUCAGGGUGGUGGAGGUGCUUGGAAACUGUGUUUUACUUCUCAUUUUCUUCCUUCCCUGCACUACAGCCCCUGAUCUGCUGCCCCUCCCGCCAGGGUGGGCCAGGCAAGUUCCUGAGCAAAGUGUCUCGGCGCAAGGAUCCGCCUAAGCCAGAGAAUUCAGACAGCGACACCGACCAGCCAGAGGCUUUGCCUGAGGACACCUGAUCAACCUGGCUCCAGACCCACUGUAUUCACAAGAGAGAAUAAUAAACACUCCGCUUGAACCCCUCUCCCAUUUCCCUCCAGGAUCUGGAGGGGAAAAGGACAGUGCAUCUCUCGCCCAUUCCAUCGGAGAGAGCCAAAAUGGCACCCUCCCGAUGUUGGUCAGCUAUGGUUCCCACCAUCCCUGGCCAUUGGCCAUGCUGGCUGGGGCUGUUGGGAGUUAUAAUCUGAAGGGCACCAGGUUGGCUAUCCUUGCAAUAAUCACAGCAAGCAGAAUUGGGAAGGGGGGGAAAGCUGCAAAGCAUGUUGGGUUAAUUGCCAUAAGAUGCAUUCUGGGUAAACAUCAGGUUCUGUCCAUGAAGGGAUUGAAGAACCACUCAAAGCAGCUGGCACUGCCACCUCUUCCAAAAUAUAUUUAAAUAAAAUGCAAAUG